AUGGUGGAGUCAACACAUCUCUACGACGUGCUCGGCGUGGCGCCGGACGCCUCUUCAGCUGACAUCAAGAAAGCCUACCGCAAGCAGUCGCUCGUCAAUCACCCCGACAAGAAUCCAGACAUCGAUCACGCAGUAGCCUCUGAAAAGUUUGCAGAGAUCAACCACGCGUACGAAACGCUCUCAGACCCCGACUCUCGCGCUGCAUACGAUCGCUACGGUGAUGACGAGCCCGGUGGGCCGGGUGGAACUGGCGGGAUGCCGCCAGACAUGGACGACUUUCUCGCGAGCAUGUUCGGUGGCGGCAUGGGAGGAAUGGGUGGCAUGGGUGGGAUGGGCGGUAUGCCCCGUGGUCGAAGGCCUCGUCGUACAAGGGGUGAGGAUGAAAUCAUCGAAUACUCAGUCACGCUCGCAGAUCUUUACAAGGGUAAGACCGCACACUUCAACCUUACCAAGAACGUCAUCUGCACACACUGCGAGGGAACAGGAGCCAAACCAGGUCUCACUGAGAAGGAGUGCGUCAAGUGCUCAGGUAAAGGAUCCGUUCUUCAACAGCGCAGCAUGGGCAAUGGCAUGAUCGCUCAGUCUUACGUCGAGUGCGCCGACUGCCACGGCGAGGGAAAGAAGGUGCGUGACAAGGAUCGCUGCAAGAAAUGCAAGGGCGAGAAGACUACCAAAGCCAAGGCAAAGCUCGAUGUCGAAAUCGAAAAGGGUAUGAUUGAUGGUCAGCGUAUCGUCUUCAAGGAAGCGGCGGAUCAAGAACCAGGUGUCAAAGCAGGUGACAUCCUCAUCGAGCUGAAACUGCAGAAAGACGAAGCAUACGAAGUCAAGGGUCUUGAUCUUAUGACGACCGUCAGGUUAACGCUGGUGGAAGCGCUCUUAGGUUUCUCACGCACUGUGUUGACACAUCUGGAUGGCAGACACAUUAAGGUCGAAAGGAUAAAGAUCACACGGCCCGGAGACAUCGACGUCGUGAAAGGUGAGGGAAUGCCGCAAUAUCGCGACCGCAACCAGACCAAGGGAGACUUGUACAUCCGAUGGGAGGUUGACUUCCCAACAGACGCUCAGCUGGCAGCAGAUCCUGCUAUCCGAGAAGCGCUCCAAUCUGCGCUUCCGCCAGCGAGGCCCGACUUGGAAACAACGACAGAAACCACCGAGGACCAGGUCGAACCAACACCGGCAAAGAUCGAACAGUUUGGCAGCAAUCGUGCCCGUAUGUCCGGACAAGGGCACAUGGACGACGAGGGAUGGGAGGACUACGACGAUAUAGGAGGACAAGGACCAGGAAUGCAGUGCGCGCCUCAGUAA